ACGACUUGCGCAGCCAUGUCCAUUGUGUAAUUUUAGAACUCUGUUUUUUGUUUUGUGCUUAUGUAUUUUCUAGCAUAAGCUGCUGGGCUAGCCAGCUCCUUAAAAUAUUGUAUUAAUAGCUUGCUAAAUCACAAAGUAAGGUGUAUUGUAGCUAGAUGACACUACGUAGCCAUCGAUAGCAUGCAACAAAAGGUAAUUUUCUCUCUGCGAGAUCAAUUCCGCAUGCUAGCAUGUCCGGCUAAAUUUCAAGUUGGAAUGCAUAUAUUUUGAUCAAUCGCCUAGCUCUGAUUUAUUCCAAUAAAUUAUCUAUUACCAAAAGCAUGCUGACUUGCCAAUUUUAUUAGUCAUAGGUUCAGAUCCUCUAUCAGUCUUUCCUAAAAAAAAGCGAUCUAACGUUAUGCUUGCCAGAAUAUACUGACCCCUACCAUUAUGCUUGUUUACACUGAGCUGCACCGGGGUCGGAACGCAAUCAUGGUUACAUUAAAAGACAAUGUAUUCUUGAUCUGUCAAUGCCAUCAGGAGGCUCCAUGUGGAGGUUAUGAUGCAAAAUUGCAGAGCCUCUGGAGGCCAAAUCUUGCAAUACAUAGGGCUCAACAGCUCCACAUAUUUCCAUGUAGCCAGUGCUUAAUAUUGUCAGGAGCUGAGUAGGGAAAGGGGGGAUACCUAGUCAGUUGUCCAACUGAACGUAUCUUCCACAUUUAACCCAGAGAGCUGCAGGGGGCUGCCUUAAUCAAUGUCUUCAGCACCUGGGGAACAUUGAUUAAACUGCUUAGUUCAGAAUGACAGAUGUUUACCUUGUCAGCUCAAGGAUUCGAUCCAGCAACCUUCCCGUUCCUGGCCCAACGCUCUAACCACUAAGCUACCCACUAGUACCGGCAACUCACAUUUUCUACUGCUUGAGCUCUUGUUUCUCUUAUAGAAUAUUAGCUCAAAAGUAUUAUAGAGCUGCUGCACCAAAAUUGAGUACCGGCACCUAUUUCAGUCCAAGUCAAGCACUGCAUAUAGCUCCACAAUGACAUGAUUGGUUGAUGGUAGGUGGGGGUGCAGUUCAUCCUGUAUAAACACAAACUCGCUUACUUCACUUAAAAACAUGGAGAACUUUGACAAAAGACUAUCAAGAACAAAUUCACCAAUAUAAUGCAUCUUUAUGUAAGGAUUUCAAAGACACAAAAAUAAGUUUGAACUCCUGGAAAGACAUUGUGGAGGAAGCUCCUGAGUGGCGCAGCGGUCUAAGGCACUGCAUCUCAGUGCAAGAGGCAUCACUACAGUCCCUGGUUUGAAUCCAGGCUGUAUCACAUCUGGCCAUGAUUGGGAGUCCCAUAGGGCGGCACACAAUUGCCCCAGCGUUGCCGGGGUAGGCCGUCAUUGUAAAUGAGAAUUUGUUCUUAUAACUGACUUGCCUAGUUAAAUAAAGGUUCAAAAUAAAUAAUAAUAGGUAUACAGUUGAAGUUGGGAGUUUACGUACACUGAGGUUGGAGUCAUUAAAACUCAUUUUCCAAACACUCCACAAAUGUCUUGUUAACAAACUAUAGUUUUGGCAAGUCGUUUAGGACAUCUACUUUGUGCAUGACAUAAGUAAUUUUUCCAACAAUUGUUUACAGACAGAUUAUUUAACUUAUAAUUCACUGUAUCACAAUUCCAGUGGGUCAGAAGUUUACAUACACAAAGUUGACUGCUUUUAAACAGCUUGGAAAAUUCCAGAAAAUUAUGUCAUGGCUUUAGACGCUUCUGUUAGGCUAAUUGACAUCAUUUGAGUCAAUUGGAGGUGUACCUGUGGAUGUAUUUCAAGGCCUACCUUCAAACUCGGUGCCUUUUUGCAUGACAACAUGGGAAAAUCAAAGGAAAUCAGCCAAGACCUCAGAAAAACAAUUGUAGAUCUCCACAAGUCUGGUUAAUCCUUGGGAGCAAUUCCCAAAUGCUUGAAGGUACCAUGUUCAUCUGUGCAAACAAUAGUACGCAAGUAUAAACACCAUGGGACCACCAGCCAUCAAACCGCUCAGGAAGGAGAUGUGUUCUGUCUGUUAGAGGUGAACGUACUUUGGUGCAAAAAGUGCAAAUCAAUCCCAGAACAACAGCAAAGGACCUUGUGAAGAUGCUGGAGGAAACAGGUACAAAAGUAUCUGUAUCCACAGUAAAACGAGUCCUAUAUCGACAUAAUCUGAAAGAACGUUCAGCAAGGAAGAAGCCACUGCUCCAAAAUCACCAUAAAUAAGCCAGACUAAGGUUUGCAACUGCACAUGGAGAAAUGUCCUCUGGUCUGAUGAAACAAAAAUAGAACUCUUUGGCCAUAAUGACCAUCAUUAUGUUUGGAGGAAAAGUGGGAUGCUUGCAAGCUGAAGAAUACCAUCCCAACUGUGAAGCACGGGGGUGGCAGCAUGAUGUUGUGAUGGUGCUUUGCUGCAGGAGGGACUGGUGCACUUCACAAAAUAUAUGGCAUCAUGAGGAAGGAGAAUUAUGUGGAUAUAUUGAAGCAACAUCUCAAGACAUCAGUCAGGAAGUUAAAGCUUGGUCGCAAAUGGGUCUUCCAAAUGGACAAUGACCCCAAGCAUACUUCCAAAGUUGUGGAAAAUGGCUAAAGGACAACAAAGGCAAGGUAUUGGAGUGGCCAUCAAAAGCCCUGACCUCAUCCUAUAGCAAAUUUGUGGGCAGAACUGAAAAAGCGUAUGUGAGCAAGUAGGCCUACAAACCUGACUCAGUUACACCGGCUCUGUCAGGAGGAAUGGGCCAAAAUUCACCCAACACAUUGUGGGAAGCUUGUGGAAGGCUACCCUAAACAUUUGACCCAAGUUAAACAAUUUAAAGGCAAUCCUACCAAAUACUAAUUGAUUGUAUGUAAACUUCUGAACCACUGUGAAUGUGAUGAAAGAAAUCAAAUCUGAAAGAAAUCAUUCUCUCUACUAUUAUUCUGACAUUUCACAUUCUUAAAAUAAAGUGGUGAUCCUAACUGACCUAAGACAGGGAAUUUUUACAAGGAUUAAAUGUCAGGAAUUGUGAAACACUUAGUUUAAAUGUAUUUGGCUAAGGUGUAUGUCAAUUUCCGACUUCAACUGUAGAUGCAGUAAAGAGGUCAAUGGAAUGCAGACCGUGGGGGAUAGAAGGGCAAUGGAUUGGCUCACAUUCAACAAAUCUGAUCUAAGUGAAUAUUUGUCAAAUCCGUCAUGAUUGAUGUAUUGUAACAGGCCAAAAAUGUGGGUACUAAAUUCCGAUUUGGAUAUAUUUAGCUGUUUUCGCUGCAUAACAUUUAGAAGUCGUCCCUUUUCAGGUUUAGAAGAAGUGAUUAGUAAAUGCUAACUCCCGUUUGUAUAAGCAGGUUAGCGUAGCUAGCACACAGAAAUUGGUGGUGUAGUCAAAGUCGUUUUAAACUGUAAUGCAGUUGAUUGAUGACAUGAACAUGUAUUGCGGUUGACCUCCAUACAAACAUAUAGUGUGAAAUACACAUAAACAACAGCCUAAAUGUAGGCUGAUUUGGCUGGGGGGCAGUGAGGAGAUUCGGGAAAGAGAUGCAGGUGGGAAAAUGGCGCAUCCUUUUUUACUUCAUGCUAUUUUGGCUGAGCUUUGUCAAGCAGCGGGAAACGGACUCCAACAACUCAGAAGAGCCUUAAACCUGUGCCAGAACCGUGAAAUCUGAUGUUCCAAAAUGCCUCAUAAACUCCUCAAGUUACUCCUGGGAAGUUACCAGUGGCUGGCCAGUUACUGGCCCGUCCUUAUGCCGAGGGGAAUCCGCCUGUACACAUUUGAACAGAUCCCGUUAUUCAUGAAAGAAAACCCAUACAUUACAGAUGGAUACAGAGCCCGUUUACAAUCCAAACUUUGUUUAAAAAGCAUCUUUGUGCUGUCCAAUGAAACAGUCAACAUAUGGACUCAUCUGUUGGGCUUCCUCCUGUUCUUCCUACUGGGGGUGAAUGACAUGUCUACAGUCCUGCCGGCUUCAGGUGCCAACAGAGAAGACUAUGUCAUCUACUGCAUAGCACUCUUCUGCUUUCAGGUGUGUAUGCUGUGUUCUGCAGGGUAUCACAUGUUCUCCUGCCACCUCUCAGAGAAGACGUGUCAUCGCUGGUUGGCGCUGGACUUCGUUGGAAUCUCUGUGGGAAUCCUGGGCUGUUACAUUCCAGGGGUCUUCUAUGCCUUCUACUGCAUCACUUUCUGGAGACAGGUGUACCUGGUGACUGCUCUAGCGUUGAUAUUGGCCGUGUUCUUAGCUCAGAUCCACCCUCACUACCACUCUAAGGAGUGGCGACACCAGCGUACUGCCAUCUUCUGCUCCGUGGCUGGCUACGGGAUCAUCCCCGCCGGCCACUGGGUCUGGCUCAAUGAAGGCCUCGGCUCAGCUGUCGUCCAGUUGUUCCUCCCUCGUGUGAUUGUGAUGUAUUUGAUAGCUGGAGCUGCGUUCCUCUUUUACAUCUCUAAAAUCCCAGAACGCUGCUUCCCAGGUCAACUGAACUAUCUGGGUGCCAGCCACCAGGUGUGGCAUGUCCUUGUGGUGUUUUUGCUCUACUGGUGGCACCAGACUGCAGUAUAUAUAAUGAAAUUCAGGCACAGCCAGCCAUGCCCUCCUUUCUACACCCAGCCUGGUCUCAUAGACUAGACGUAACAUAAUAAAAGUAAAUCCGGGACACUCAAAUUAGUAUGAUAUGUUACGUUUGGUAUGGGUGGUUGGUCGAGGUGGAUGGGUGGGUGAAUGCCUAGCUAUCCAAAAGGUUGUGUGUUCAAAUCUCGUCACGGACAACUUUAGCAAAUUUUCAACGACUUGAACUUUUUAGCUACCUUGAAACUACUUAGCAUGUUAGCUAACCCUUCCCCUAACUCUUUUAGCCAGCUCUUCCCCUAACUUUAACCCUUUAACCUAACUCCGAUCCUUAACCCAUAACCUUAAACUAGCUAACAUUAGCCAGCUAGCUAACGUUGGGUACAACUAAUUGGUAUUCGUAACAUAUCAUACGUAUUGCAAAUAUGUAACAUAUAUUGUACAUUUACAGAUUCAUAACAAAUUGUACAUUUAGCAAAUUCUUAACAUAUCAUCCAAAUUGUAAUUCAUAACUUAUCAUAUGAAAUGGAUGAUAACAUCCACAAAUUAAUACAUACAAUACGAAACGUAACAUAUACUAAAUGAAGUGUCUCAGAAUUACAUACAGAAUAAUACAAAAUGCUGAGAGACCAGAUUGCUACACAAACAGUGACUAGAGCCUCAAGCUGGCCCAACCACCGACUGAGCAACAACCAGCCACUCGAUGCAAUUAAACCAGACUACAGACCUCUAGAAUUCUAUCAUACAGAUGCCCAGUCAAGCAGACAAGAGAGUAGCCUCCCUACCAGAACAACUAUAACCAUACCGUUAGACCUUGCAGAUGUCUGUAGAAAGAGCGAACGAGUAAAAGAGUGGAACCAUCUCUCUGGUUUUAAGGAUUGCUAUUGGUGGUAUGCAAUCGUAUCUGCUUUCUGCUGAGACUUCUGUAAGGCCAGGUUAUAAGAAGGAAAGACAUGUCAGUCAUAGCCUCGUCGCAGGUCUGGGAAGCAAGAUGGCACAAACAGACCUGGGACCAGUCUUGGUGAAGUCACUAGGACACACAGUACAGCUUCAACUGAACAUAUUAUUUUAUUCUCCGAUUAUCUUUUCGUAUUCAAGAUUGUUUUUUUAACCUGAUUUGUAUCUAUUAAUUUGCAUGUAAGCUACUGUUUGAAUGUUACAUGCUGUGUAAUGGUACUUCUUGAAAUGCUUUCUUGAGCACAUGGGACUUUACAAGGGUUAUGUGCAAUCUAGAAUAUAUAUCCUUUGGAAACCGAACAUAGAGCCUAUUUUCAGUUGUUUUUGCCUGCAUAGUUAUCUUACUGUAUUUCAUUAAUGGUGGGUUGAGUAGUUAUCUUACUGUAUUUCAUUAAUGGUGGGUUGAGUAGUUAUCUUACUGUAUUUCAUUAACGGUGGGGCUGAGUAGUUAUCUUACUAUAUUUCAUUAACAGUGGGGCUGAGUAGUUAUCUUACUGUAUUUCAUUAACGGUGGGGCUGAGUAGUUAUCUUACUGUAUUUCAUUAACGGUGGGGCUGAGUAGUUAUCUUACUAUAUUUCAUUAACAGUGGGGCUGAGUAGUUAUCUUACUGUAUUUCAUUAAUGGUGGGGCUGAGUAGUUAUCUUACUGUAUUUCAUUAACGGUGGGGCUGAGUAGUUAUCUUACUAUAUUUCAUUAACAGUGGGGCUGAGUAGUUAUCUUACUGUAUUUCAUUAAUGGUGGGGCUGAGUAGUUAUCUUACUGUAUUUCAUUAACGGUGGGGCUGAGUAGUUAUCUUACUGUAUUUCAUUAACGGUGGGGCUGAGUAGUUAUCUUACUGUAUUUCAUUAACGGUGGGGCUGAGUAGUUAUCUUACUGUAUUUCAUUAACAGUGGGGCUGAGUAGUUAUCUUACUGUAUUUCAUUAACGGUGGGGCUGAGUAGUUAUCUUACUGUAUUUCAUUAAUGGUGGGGCUGAGUAGUUAUCUUACUGUAUUUCAUUAAUGGUGGGGCUGAGUAGUUAUCUUACUGUAUUUCAUUAAUGGUGGGUUACUUUUAGUAUUAGUGGUCAACUGAACCCGUUCCUCUCACAAUCCACUUGAAUCUAAGGGCUGAUUCAGGAAUUGUUUAGAGAGUUGGUUACAUUUAAACAUAAACCCAAUUAAAUAGAUUGGGAGUAAAUUACCCUUGCUUUAAUUAGUUUGUUAAUAGACUAUUUAUGAAUCUGUCCCUCUAUUCACUUACUAUAUAACCUAACGUAGCGAUGUAAAAGCAACACCUGAGUAGAAUACCCCACACUCUGGUCCUGAUGAUAUUUAUUUUUUUAAAUAACUUGUGAAAGGUUCUCUUCUGCACUAUUCAACCAAUCCAGUAAAUGUGAAGGAGGAGUUAAGAUGGAGCGUCGCCUUUUUAAGCGUCCAAAAGCUGAAGUCGCGUCACAGGCUCCUCCAUUUCCACUGAAAACCGGUUGCACCCAGUGUUUGCAACCCCGCUGAUGGUGCUUACUAUAUAGUACAUGGGUGUGUGAACAACUGCAUAAGAACAAAUACUUUAGAGGCCAGUAUUAUCUAUUGUAUGACUAAUACUGUACGGUUUUACAAUCACAUUACUGACAGGUCUAUCUAUGCACAAUAUGGUGUCCUGUAGAUCACAGGUGGCUGGUGGCACCUUAAUUGUGUGUGUGGGGGGGGGGGGGGGACAUGCUUAUAGUAAUUGGCUGGAAUUGAUUUGAUGGAAUGACAUAGAAGUGUUUUAAUACCAUUGUUAUGAGCCGUCCUCCCCUCACCAGCCUCCUGUAUUGUAGAUCUCCUACUGUGUAGCUAAUACCCAUAGAGGUCAUUCGACCGUGUCAGAUAAUGAUGCUCAGAACAUAUCACAGCCGUUAAAGGCCCACUGUGACAUUCACAGCCUAUAUUGACUGUUUGUUAGCCUUGUUUGUAAAUGAGCUUUUGUUUCAAGUAUGCCUUUAAUUAUUUCACUGUAUUUUACCUGGUUGCUAUAAUGUCGGUCUUUGGUUGUCCAACAUUUGUUUUUUCAUUCAUUUAGGCAUUAUUGAUGGACUUCCUUUUGAAUGCUGGAAUGCACUGACUAAAGGGACACAUUAUUUUAAUCUGUAAUAUGACAUGUCUCGAGUAUUAUAAAUUAAUAAAGAAUGCCUAAAAGGA